AUGUCUCCCAAGCAGCGUGUCGUCGUCGCGGGCUCCCGCCCCCAGAAGGGCUUCUUCGGCGCCGCCUAUGAAGAGCUCACUGCAUCUGAGAAUACAACCAUCGUGAGAAGCCUUCUGGUCUUCGGUGCCGGUGUUGCUUUCCUCCACAGCAGCCUCAGCGAGUUCCUCCUCCCUCCGUAA